GGAGGAUACAAAGGCGACUCUGACCAGUAAGAAAGAUGGCAGUCGAGAUGGCCUCUCAGUCUCAGGUUUUGGUGGAAGAGAAAUCGAGUGUUAGAAUCUUGACACUAAAUAGACCAAAGCGGCUGAAUGCUCUGUCCUUCCAAAUGAUCUCUCGAUUGCUGCAACUGUUCCUUGCAUUUGAGGAGGACCCUAGUGUGAAACUUGUCAUCCUAAAGGGUAAUGGAAGAGCCUUUUGUGCUGGUGGCGAUGUUGCAGCUGUUGUUCGUGACAUCGAACAAGGUAACUGGAGACUCGGUGCCAAUUUCUUCUCCGAUGAAUACAUGCUCAACUAUGUUAUGGCCACAUAUAGCAAAGCUCAGGUUUCAAUUUUGAAUGGUAUCGUCAUGGGAGGCGGAGCUGGUGUCUCCAUCCAUGGUCGAUUUCGUAUUGCAACUGAGAACACGGUUUUUGCCAUGCCUGAGACAGCUCUGGGGCUCUUUCCAGAUGUAGGCGCCUCCUACUUCUUGUCAAGGCUCCCUGGAUUUUUUGGAGAGUAUGUUGGCCUCACAGGAGCUAGAUUAGAUGGCGCUGAAAUGCUUGCUUGUGGCCUUGCAACUCAUUUUGUGCCGUCAACGAGGUUGACUGCAUUAGAAGCAGAUCUUUGCCGAGUUGGUUCAAAUGAUCCAACCUUUGCCUCAACAAUUCUCAAUGCAUACACCCAGCAUCCGCGCCUGAAACAGCAGAGUGCUUACCACAGGUUAGAUGUUAUUGAUAGGUGCUUCUCAAGGAGAACAGUUGAAGAAAUUAUAUCUGCACUUGAGAGAGAGGCCGCUCAAGAAGCAGAUGGUUGGAUCUCAGCUACCAUUCAAGCAUUGAAGAAGGCUUCACCAGCAAGCCUUAAAAUCUCUCUUAGAUCGAUAAGGGAAGGGCGACUGCAGGGGGUGGGGCAGUGUCUUAUCCGUGAGUAUAGAAUGGUGUGUCAUGUGAUGAAGGGAGAAAUCAGCAAAGAUUUUGUGGAGGGGUGCAGAGCCAUAUUGGUAGACAAAGAUAAGAACCCAAAGUGGGAGCCAAGGCGACUGGAGGACAUGAAGGAUAGCAUGGUAGAGCAGUACUUCGAGAGAGUGGAGGAAGAAGAGGAAUGGGAGGAUCUAAAGCUUCCGCCAAGAAACAACUUGCCUGCUUUAGCGAUCGCAAAGCUUAAUUCUUCGUUGAGCUCCGGCAAUGGCACCGAAGUCGCCACCGACGUUUCUUCUUGCUUUUAUGUUCCCAACCCCACUGGGACCGAUUUCGAUGCCGAGUCGUCUUCUCUUCCUCCUCUCUCCCCAGCUCCUCAAGUGGCGUUGUCAAUUCCUGCCGAGCUUGCUGCCGCCAUUCCCCUCAUCGAUCGCUUCCAGGUUGAAGCUUUUCUGCGGCUUAUGCAGAAGCAAAUCCAGUCUGCUGGCAAGCGUGGCUUCUUCUAUUCUAAAAAGUCCUCUGGCUCCAAUGUCCGUGAGCGCUUCACAUUUGAGGAUAUGCUGUGCUUUCAGAAGGAUCCCAUCCCCACAUCUCUCCUCAAGAUUAACAGCGAUCUCGUCAGCCGUGCUACCAAGUUGUUUCACCUCAUCUUAAAAUAUAUGGGUGUUGAUUCAUCUGAUCGAUCAACGCCACCCAGUUUAGAUGAACGCAUUGACCUCGUUGGAAAGCUCUUCAAAAAAACUCUAAAGCGUGUUGAACUCAGGGACGAACUUUUUGCCCAAAUCUCCAAACAGACUAGACAUAAUCCUGACAGGCAAUACUUGAUAAAAGCUUGGGAGUUGAUGUACUUAUGUGCGUCCUCAAUGCCUCCUAGCAAAGAUAUUGGUGGAUAUCUCUCUGAAUAUAUUCAUAAUGUGGCACACGAUGCAACAAUUGAACCAGAUGCUCAGGUUCUUGCUGUGAACACUUUGAAGGCUUUAAAGCGCUCUAUCAAAGCUGGUCCUAGGCACACCACACCUGGUCGUGAAGAAAUUGAAGCCCUUUUGACCGGUAGAAAGCUCACAACCAUAGUCUUCUUUCUGGAUGAAACUUUUGAAGAAAUAUCAUAUGACAUGGCUACAACUGUGUCUGAUGCUGUUGAGGAGCUAGCUGGAACAAUUAAACUAUCAGCUUUCUCUAGCUUUAGUUUGUUUGAAUGUCGUAAAGUUGUUUCAAGUUCAAAAUCAUCUGAUCCCGGAAAUGAGGAAUAUAUAGGAUUGGAUGAUAACAAGUAUAUUGGAGAUCUCCUCGCAGAAUUUAAAGCUAUAAAAGAUAGAAAUAAAGGAGAGAUACUACACUGCAAACUAGUAUUUAAAAAAAAAUUAUUCCGAGAGUCUGAUGAAGCCGUAACAGAUCUGAUGUUUGUGCAACUUUCCUAUGUACAACUGCAACAUGACUAUUUGCUAGGAAACUAUCCUGUCGGGAGGGACGAUGCUGCACAGCUUUGUGCCUUGCAAAUUCUAGUUGGGAUUGGGUUUGUCAAUAGUCCAGAGUCAUGCAUUGAUUGGACAUCACUUCUUGAGCGGUUUUUGCCGAGACAAAUAGCAAUAACCCGAGCAAAGCGUGAAUGGGAAUUGGAUAUCCUUGCUCGCUACCGUUCAAUGGAGAACGUGACCAAAGAUGAUGCUAGACAACAAUUUCUACGGAUACUGAAGGCACUGCCAUAUGGGAAUUCAGUGUUUUUUAGCGUACGCAAGAUAGAUGAUCCGAUCGGUCUUUUACCUGGGCGAAUCAUUUUGGGUAUCAACAAACGUGGGGUUCACUUUUUUCGACCGGUUCCGAAAGAAUAUCUGCACUCUGCUGAACUACGUGACAUAAUGCAAUUUGGCAGCAGUAACACUGCUGUCUUUUUCAAAAUGAGAGUCGCUGGUGUUCUUCACAUAUUUCAGUUCGAGACAAAACAGGGAGAAGAAAUAUGUGUUGCUUUGCAAACACAUAUAAAUGAUGUCAUGUUGCGUCGUUACUCCAAAGCUCGAUCUGCUGCCAAUAGCUUGGUUAAUGGAGAUAUAUCUUGUAGUUCUAAGCCGCAGAAUUUUGAAGUGUAUGAAAAACGUUUGCAAGAUUUGUCUAAGGCUUAUGAAGAGUCCCAAAAGAAGAUUGACAAGUUGAUGGAUGAACAACAAGAGAAAAAUCAGCAAGAAGUUACUCUGCGUGAAGAAUUAGAAGCUAUACACAACGGUUUGGAGCUUGAAAGGAAAAAAUUGUUGGAGGUUACCUUAGACCGAGAUAAACUUAGGUCAUUGUGUGACGAGAAGGGAACAACUAUUCAAACCUUGAUGUCUGAACUGCGAGGAAUGGAAGCAAGGUUGGCAAAGUCGGGCAACACAAAAUCAAGUAAAGAGACAAAAUCAGAAUUAGCCGAAAUGAAUAAUCAGAUAUUAUACAAGAUCCAAAAGGAGUUAGAAGUUCGAAAUAAGGAAUUGCAUGUUGCAGUUGAUAAUUCAAAGAGGUUGUUGAGUGAAAACAAGAUAUUGGAGCAAAGUAUUUUUAAUAUUGAAAAGAAGAAAAAAGAGGAGGUUGAAAUUCAUCAAAAGAGAUAUGAACAAGAAAGAAAGGUGUUAAAGCUUCGAGUUUCUGAACUUGAAAAUAAGCUUGAAGUCCUUGCUCAAGACUUGGAUAGUGCUGAGUCUACGAUUGAAAGUAAGAAUUCUGACAUGCUGCUGUUGCAAAAUAACUUGAAAGAACUUGAGGAGUUAAGAGAAAUGAAAGAGGACAUUGACCGAAAGAAUGAGCAAACAGCUGCCAUUUUGAAGAUGCAGGGAGCCCAACUUGCUGAGCUAGAAAUACUUUAUAAGGAAGAACAAGUUUUAAGGAAAAGAUACUAUAAUACCAUAGAAGAUAUGAAAGGGAAGAUUAGAGUUUAUUGUCGAAUAAGACCUCUAAAUGAAAAAGAGAGUUCAGAGAGAGAAAAACAAAUGCUGACAACUGUGGAUGAGUUUACAGUUGAACAUCCAUGGAAAGACGACAAAAGAAAGCAACAUAUAUAUGAUCGCGUAUUUGACAUGCGUGCUAGUCAAGAUGAUAUCUUUGAAGACACAAAGUAUUUGGUGCAGUCGGCUGUAGAUGGGUAUAACGUUUGCAUCUUCGCAUAUGGUCAAACUGGUUCUGGAAAAACUUUCACUAUAUAUGGGCAUGAGAGCAAUCCUGGACUCACACCUCGAGCUACAAAGGAAUUGUUCAACAUAUUAAAGAGAGAUAGCAAGAGAUUUUCAUUUUCUCUAAAGGCAUAUAUGGUGGAACUUUAUCAAGACACACUUGUAGACCUUCUGUUACCAAAGAGUGCAAGACGCCUGAAACUAGAGAUUAAAAAAGAUUCAAAGGGAAUGGUCUUUGUAGAGAAUGUGACAACUAUUCCUAUAUCAACUUUGGAGGAACUGCGAAUGAUUAUUGAACGGGGAUCGGAACGACGACAUGUUUCUGGAACAAAUAUGAAUGAAGAAAGCUCAAGAUCUCACCUCAUACUAUCGGUUGUUAUUGAAAGUAUUGAUCUUCAAACACAGUCUGCUGCGAGGGGCAAGUUGAGUUUUGUGGAUCUUGCUGGUUCCGAGAGAGUAAAAAAGUCGGGCUCGGCUGGUUGCCAACUCAAAGAAGCUCAAAGUAUCAACAAAUCACUUUCUGCAUUAGGUGAUGUUAUUGGUGCUUUAUCUUCUGGCAACCAACAUAUUCCUUAUAGGAAUCACAAGCUAACAAUGUUGAUGAGCGAUUCAUUGGGCGGCAAUGCCAAGACGUUAAUGUUUGUUAAUGUGUCUCCAGCCGAAUCAAAUUUGGACGAGACGUACAAUUCUCUUCUAUAUGCAUCGAGAGUGAGAACGAUCGUGAAUGAUCCCAGCAAACAUAUAUCAUCCAAAGAGAUGGUGCGAUUGAAGAAGUUGGUAGCAUACUGGAAAGAGCAAGCCGGUAAAAAAGGUGAAGAAGAAGAGUUGGUGGAUAUUGAGGAAGAUCGUACACGAAAAGAUGAGGCAGAUAGUUGAAGAAAGCUGACAUGGAAUUCGUGUAGGUGAAAUUGAGACUAUAGUAUCACUGAUUUUCACCAUUCUUUUUGUAGGAAGUUCCUGCUCUAUAGUAGACUUUCUAUCGAAGAGUAAUGCUAUAUGUCUCAAACUUUAUCUCUUUUGAUGAGAUCUUCAUUACAAGAAAGGGGGAAAAAAAUC